AUGCCAACCGCUGGCGACAGGGGCCCGCGGGCAGUGCUUGCUUGCUUGCUGAGUUCGACGUCCCACGGCGUCCACCCGUUGGCCUCCAAAUUCGAACUUCGAGCACAAGAGCUUGCAUGUGUUGCAGUUUUUGCGCGUUCGAUUAUGCAGGGCGGACCUGCCGCUGCUCACCGAAUUGCAGAGAGAUUUCGCUCGGCCAUGCGGCGGUGCCGAACGGAUGGAGCCGCUCCGGAUCACCGGCGGCAAAAUCGACGCGCGCAUGUGAGAGUGUCGCUCGCCCUCCGCGUCCUCGACGUCUUGGCACCUCCAGCGGCUCUCGCAGACGUGAUCGGCCAAGCGGUGUGGGGCCUAGGCAUCCGCGACCUGCGUCGGGCAAUGACGAGCUCAGCCAAGUCCUGUCCGCCCGUGGUGGGCGCUACCGGUAUUGAUAACUGCUGCCCGUCAGCCCGCUAUGGCCAGCGGUGCAUUGGGGCACUUGCUCCACGACAACGGCGAGCGGCGAACGACAACCCAUGUGUCGCGUUGCAAAAAUUAGUCGCCAAGGACGACGAGCUACUGUACACUGUAGCCUCGUCUUGCGUCGGGCCGUUAUUCAGCGUCGCUUCCUCGCGAGCGAGGUGGCUUCGGCGGCAUUGUCCACGUAGCGCUGCCGGCCCGGCUUGCACCGCGGGCGUGGAGGAGGUCAAGGGCAAGCUCGGGCAAGACGCAAGCGCGCGCGAUCGAAAUCAGAUACGAGUACGGACGAGAGGAUUCUGCUUGAGAAAAAGUGCCUGCGCGCUUGUGAAAAAGUUUCCCGAUGCGAUACGGGCGCAUUCUCCUGUUGAAGCGCGAAAUUGGGCCGUCUCCGAUAAUAUUCGCAGCACUUUGGCCCAGAUGUUCACCCACCCAUCCGACGAGUGUAACUCGGUCAGAUGA